ACACUUCGUACGACGUGAAAUUACAAACAUACCCUUCAAAAAAACCCACGUUGCAAUUCCGAGCCCCGGUGACUUUCUCCACACCCUCAUAAAUAUAACUAUCUCCACGCUCCGGCUUCCCUCUCUCCCAAUUUAUAUACAUAUAUACAGAGUAGUACACGCAGCAUGGUAAAAACUCUCUAUUUUCCGUCAAAUAUAUUUAUAUAUAUAUAUGUGUUUGUACACGAGUGUAUAUAUAUAUAAUAAAUAUAUAUAUAUACAGAUAUAUACAUGUGUAGAUAUUGCACUCAUAAAACUCUCUCCUGCGCUCAUGUUAAUUAAGAUUUAAGAGAGGGUCGAAAGAUCUCCUUGCGGCAAAAAAAAAAUCUUUUCAAUUACUUGUGUUGUUGGAUUGCGAUUUAUCCCUUCCGUAUAAUUCAAGUAAUGUGAUUGACUCUUUGAAGCUUUUGUUUUUCAAUUCUGUAGGAUUUAUCGAUACGAAUACGAUAAAUUUGGAGGUGAUCUGCGUGAGACAAAUUUGAUCACGAUUUUUUUCCAAUUGGAGUGAAUGAACAGUGGUUUUUUUGAAGAUUAUUGAAAUUGUUAAUUCAACGAUAGAUAUACGAGGAUUAGAUGGUGAAGAGGGCAAGAGAUGAUCUGGUUUUGAGUCCUCAAUCGAAGGAGCUCGCAAUUCGUCCGCCACCCGAGCGGUCCGGAAAAGCACAGAUGUCAACUGCAAGCACGGCGCAAGUGGUGACAGACAAUGAUGCAUUGACGUAUCUGAGAACUGUGAAGGAAAAAUUGAAGGACCGAGGAGAUAAAUACAAUGAAUUUCUUCAAGUCAUGAAAGCGUUCAAGGCUACAAGAAUUGAUACAAACGGGAUUAUACGAAAAGUGAAGGAAUUAUUUGAAGGGGAUCGAGAGCUAGUUUUGGGUUUCAAUGCCUUUUUACCAGAAGGGUAUAAAAUUACCCUCCCAUCGGAUGAUCAACCAGUUCCGAAAAAGAAGAGAGUUUGCUUUGACCAAGCAAUCAAUUAUGUGAACAAAAUCAAGGCUAGAUUUCAAGGCGAUCACAGUGUAUAUAGUAGUUUCCUCAGCAUCUUGGAUAUUCACUUUAAAGAUAAAAAGCCAAUAGCAGAGGUUUAUCAGAAGAUAUCCGUUCUUUUUAAGGACCAUCCUGACCUACAAUUAGAAUUCACUAAUUUCCUACCUGAUGAUUCGAGUGCUGCCCCUCUCCAUUAUGAUGAGCUUGGUUAUGUAAGCGGCUCUCCUCUGACUAUGAUGAGGCCCCGUGAUAUUAAAAAGAAGCCUGCUGCUUUAUGUGAUGUUCGUGAGCAGAAAAUCGAUCACCCUGAUCCAGAGCAGUUUGUUGAAAAAGGACAGAAGAAAAGAGUAGGCAGAGACAAAAAUGAACGGGAAGAUGAAGAUAUUUCAGGUCACAAAAGAACAUCUCUUCGUAGAGAUGAUUCUGCGAAUGGCUUGUUUGAUCAAGAUUGCUUGCAUGACAAGAAACAAAUAUUCCAGCCUUUAAAGGUAGAAGAAUGCGAGGGAGAAGAUCCUAAUAUGGAAGAUGAAGAUACAGAUAACGAUGACAUUAAAGAUGUCAUUAAAGAGAAGCAAUCUGCUAAUAAAGAGAAGUUCAUGGCAAAACCCAUUCAAGAACUUGAUCUCUCUAACUGUGACCGCUGCACUCCAAGUUAUCGACUUCUUCCCGAUAAUUAUCCGACUCCAUCAGCGUUCGGCAGAAACAAAAUUGGUAAUGAAGUGCUGAAUGAUCGAUGGGUAUCUGUCACUUCAGGAAGUGAAGAUUACUCAUUCAAUCACAUGCGCAGAAACCAAUAUGAAGAAAGUUUGUUCCGCUGUGAGGAUGAUAGGUUUGAGCUGGACGUGUUGUUGGAAUCUGUGAAGGCAACAGCAAAGAGAGUCGAAGAACUUCUAGACAGUAUGAAUGAUCAUACAAAUAAGACAAACAGUUCAGUUAACAUCGAAGAUCAUUUGACAGUUCUUAACCUACGGUGCAUUGAGCGUUUAUACGGUGAACAUGGGCUUGAAGUAAUGGACAUGUUAAGAAAAAACGCACCCGUUGCUCUGCCAGUUAUUUUAACACGGUUGAAGCAGAAACAGCUGGAAUGGGAAAGUUGCAGAUCUGAUUUUAAUAAAGUUUGGGUGGAAACGUACGCUAAGAACUACCGAAGAUCACUUGACCACAUGAGCUUCCAUUUUAAGCAGGAGGACAAAAAAAGAAUGAAUACUAAAGCUUUGUUAGCUGAAAUUAAAGAAAUGAGUGAAAAGGAUCAAAACGAAGAAGAAAUGAUUAUGUCAAUUAGUGCUGGAUAUAGACAGCCAAUCAGAGCUCAUAUGAAAUUUGAAUAUCCCGAUCCAGACAUCCAACGAGAUCUAUAUGAGCUCAUUAAAUACUCGUGUGGAGAAGUUUGUAUGUCUGAGCAGCGUGGCAGAGUCGUAAAUAUUUGGACAAACUUCCUCGAACCGUUGUUUGGUGUUCCUUCACAUCCUUUGGAGCAAGUUAUUACAAGUGAUACUGUAGGAAUAAGCAUUAACGAGGAAAAUAACGCAGAUCUAUUAAAUGUUGCAUGUGAAGAAAUUGAAAGCAGCACCAAGAGUGAGCUAGAAGAAGGUGAAAUAUCUCCAAGUAGAAAUCUUGACGAGAAAAAUGCCAUGAACGAAGUAGCACAAAGUGAAAGCCCUGAUGAAAAUCGGGACCAUGAUAAUUAUACUUUACAGAGUGCAAAGCCUAUUACGAAGAAAACUCAUUCGGGUUUACAUUUCGAAAAGAAGAAUUCUGAGGUCUUCUAUGGGAAUGAUUCCUUCUAUUUGCUUUUCAGAUUUCACCAGAUUUUAUAUGAAAGAAUGCACACUGCCAAGGUGCUCACUUCGUCUCCUGAAAAUAAACCUAGGAUAUCGAAUGAUGCAGAACGAACAGAUUCGUAUACGAGAUUUAAGGAUGCACUGCAUACUUUGCUGAAUCGAACAUCUGAAAAUGCGAAGUUUGAAGAUGAGUGCCGAGCUAUUAUUGGUGCUAAAGCUUACAUCUUUUUUUCGUUGGACAAGCUGAUACAUAAACUUGUGAAGCAGCUACAAAAAAUUGAAAGCGAGGAAAUGGACAACAAACUCCUUGAAUUGUACGAGUACGAAAGAUCAAGAAAUCCUGAAAAAUUUUCCGAUGCAGUUUAUCACGAAAAUGCCCGUUUUCUUCUUCCCGGUGACGAACUGUAUCGAAUAGAAUGCGUACCUUCUUCUCCAAGGUGUUUGACCAUACAACUAAUGAAAAACGAGCAUGAUAAACCGAAAGGGGUUAUGGACCCCGAUUUUGCAGCUUACUUGAAUAAUGAACUUCUCUCAACUGUUCCCGAAAGAAGCGGAAAUCCUAGAAUAUUCUUAAAGAGAAACAAAAGAAGAUAUUCGACUGGUGACGAAGUUUCUGAUGCCUGCAAAGCCAUGGAAGGACUUUCGAUAUAUAAUGGUCUGGAAAUUGUGAUCAACUGCAAUACAUCGAAGGCCAGUUAUGUUUUAGACACAGAGGAUAUCUUGUACCGCAGAAGAAAAGGGAAGAGGAAGCCUUUGUCUAAAGGUAGAUGCAAAAUAUUGUCUCUCUAUGAUUGAUUCUGCAAUUUUAUUUUUAAUUUUAAUUUAUAGAAAAAUAUAGUUAAAGAUAGUCUUUAAUUGUAGCAUUGGAAGUGUAUAUUUUGUUCAUUUUGAUUUAUUUCUUGAUUCUUGAAAGUUUAGUAUUUAUAGUUAUUCAGGUAACAUAGUUGGUCAAUAAUUCAAUUGUAAUUUUGUAUAGUUGGUCAAUAUAUUACUACUCUUGAUUUGGACACCAAUCAUUUACUUCCUACAAAAGGACUAUGAUAUUAUUGCACAUUCUUUAUUCGAAUCUA